CUCACUUCUCACUCACUAGUUGCAGCUUCCCAAGACCAAAUUUCUGCCAUGGGACAAGGCGAAGAUUCGAAGACUAAAAAUGAAUCCAACGUUCAAGUUCAGGAAAGAGGGGAAAUAUUCUUCUUUUAUCGACCAAAAGUCGGCAAACAAGCAGCACAUGGCUUCGACGAUGUCCAACGUUUAUACAUAGUUCUCCGUCCAGAGUCCGGGGAGCAUUCUGUUGAAGUUAAACAAGACCCUCAUUCCGGCAAGGAAGGUGAAGAACUUGGUUCUCACAUGGAACCCAACCGUGAUAUUUCUUCCGAUAAGGAACAUUCUGGCGGUGAGGGAGGAUAUGGGACAGAAGAAGUUAAUAUUGAGAAGGAGCCUUUGCUCCGGUUUAUUGUAAUGGGUCGGAAAAGUCUCCCGGAUCCUAGCAAGAAAACAGGGCAUCGUCCAUAUUGGGGUUUUGUGGAAAUGGUGACUACGAAAAUCGACGAUGUAAAAGCAGCUCUCAAAGGGCAAGAAUACGACACGGCAACUAGAGGGCACCGUGUAGUUGCUCCAGCUAGAGCUGUAGGAGAAGGAAUUUAUCGAAUUUUGAGGCAUAAUCCGAAGAAGAAAAUGCAUACCCAUUUGGUUUACAAGCUUGAAUUUCCAGCAGAGGAUGAGAAAAAUGAACCUCAGGAGGAAUUGAACAUAAAAAGAGAAGGGUCAUUUCUGAUUCAGAUUAAGAACCCGGAGCAACGUGGAAGUGGAUCGCAGUUUAGGGGGCUUCAGAAAAAGAGGAAGGCUACAUUUCCAGCUCACUUGCAAGGUGAAUUUGGGCAGCUGAGGUACCAUCCGGCAGACCCACCGGAUUUUUUGAACUAUGAAGGGUGUGAAUUUCUGCUGAUAUCUGCUUCUGAUGAUAUAGAAGAGGAAUUGGGGUUGGAAUUGAAGACGGAAACUGAAGCAGAACAUGAUCCGUCUUGUUCGGAUUUAGUGAGGACUUUUGGUGAAACUGCUCCAAUUCGCGCUCUUCUUAGAGGCACUUGGGUUUGAACUUGGUUUGUA